AUGUCCCCCAACAAAUCCGACAAAUCCGACAAAUCCGACAAAUCCGACAAAUCCGACAAAUCCGACAAAUCCGACAAAUCCGACAAAUCCCACAAAUCCCACAAAUCCGACAAAUCCGACAAAUCCGACAAAUCCGACAAAUCCGACAAAUCCGACAAAUCCCACAAAUCCCACAAAUCCCACAAAUCCCACAAAUCCGACAAAUCCGACAAAUCCGACAAAUCCGACAAAUCCCACAAAUCCCACAAAUCCCACAAAUCCCACAAAUCCAAUUUAGAUUUAUGUAGGCCUACUAGCUAG